UUGUCCCUGCAGGGUGCAUGAUGUCUUUCAUUAGUCUCAUUGCAGGGGGAGGGGAGGCAAGUGCAGAGGAGAAGAGAGGGGAUUUAACGAUCAACCAGGAGACACACAUACCUAAAUAACAUGCAAAUGGAGAAAAACGACAGAGGUGAGGAGGAGGAGGAAGAGCACAGGAGAGAGGCGGGUCGGUUGUUUAGUUUGUGAUAUAAUCAACCCCCCAACACACACCCACACACACUGCACCAACAGAGCUCGGCAUUAUGUAAGAUGGUGGUGUGUUUAGAUGGAGUCCUGCCGUCUGACAGCUGCAUGGAAAAAAAUCCCAAGACAAUUCCUGCUGGUAAGAAGUUCCGCAGCAAGCCUCAGCUGGUGCGUUACCUUGGCAACUCCAUGGACCUCAGCUCAUUCGAUUUCCGCACAGGGAAGAUGCUCAUGAGUAAACUGAACAAAAACAGACAACGACUUCGCUACGACACUAACAGUCAGACAAAGGGAAAACCAGACCUGAACACAUCUCUCCCAGUGCGACAGACCGCCUCUAUCUUCAAACAGCCCGUCACGAAAGUCACCAACCAUCCGAGCAACAAAGUGAAAACAGAUCCACAGAAAGCUGUAGACCAGCCAAGACAGUUGUUUUGGGAGAAGAAACUGAGCGGUCUUAAUGCUUAUGACAUUGCUGAGGAACUAGUGAAAACCAUGGAUCUACCUAAAGGUCUACAGGGAGUAGGUCCUGGGUGCACAGAUAAGACCUUGCUGUCUGCGAUUGCUAGUGCCCUGCACACCAGCUCUGCUCCCAUCACAGGCCAGCUGUCAGCAGCUGUGGAGAAGAACCCUGGAGUGUGGCUGAAUACAGCCCAGCCGCUGUGCAAGGCUUUCAUUGUUACAGAUGAGGACAUCAGGAAACAGGAGGAGCUGGUGUACAACGUGAGGAAGCGUCUGGAGGAGGCUCUCAUGGCCGACAUGCUGGCUCAUGUAGAGGAGGCUUCCAGUGGUGGAGAGGCACUUAAGGAUGAGGGAAACUGUCAUGAUGAGAAAGAGGAUGUAUAGCGAAGGGCAGCAGUCCAUGUCUGAAACUACCUGCAUACAAGUCAACCAUCUAAUGAGGACCAGAUCUCCCAGCUCUAACAGAUCAGCUCAACUUCUUUACCAAGAUGCUCUAGUCCUGCUAUGAAGGACACUAAUCUGAACCCACUGGUUGGGAUUUCUUUCCAGGACUGUCAGUUUGGAUUUUAGGCAUUGUUUGAUUUUAUUCCUAUUUUUCCUGUAUAUAAGAAAAAACAUUUGCAGAUUCCAGAGUUGAAAGUGGCACUUAUGUAUGUUUGGGUUGUUUCUGGUGGAGUGACAAUCGGGGCGAACUUUAAUCCUCCUGUCUAAUUAAGCAUGGAGAUUUUAUGAUAUAGCUGAGAAUAACUAGUCCUUUAAUGAUGCAGGAUACUGGCAUGUGAUGAAAAGAAUGCAGUUAGUGUUGUACAGUAUAGAGCACUGUUGAAGGAACCACAUGAAAUGCAUGCUGAAUUUUGGAUGUUUGAUACAUUUAUUCUCCAGAGUACAAUUUUUGUACUAUGCUCAAAAUCAAAUCCUUCAUAUCCCCUACUUUUGGCUCUUGAAGACAAGAAAACCUCAUAACCUCAGCUAACUGAAUCACAUAUCAACUAUAGGAAUCAAAAAAUGUAGGAUUCUUAUGAUUCAUGUUUAAAUCUCCUGAUUAUUCAGAAUAUAAAUCCAGUGUUGGUUACGGAGAUAACGAUAAGUUCAGUAUUCUACUCUAUGAUUUUUUUUUUUAAAAAUAAAGUUUGAGUCACGUUGUAUCAUAAACUGCCACAAAGUUUUUGUACAUUUGUAUGCUUACAUUGGUGUAUUGACCUUAAUACAUUCAUAAAUGUUUAUCUUGGGCACAAUAGUUUAGAGAAGAACAAAACAACUCACAUGACAUCUUCAUUUGUGUUUCAUCAGUCUGUGGUAUUCUCUUACAUGACUAAUGUUCGUUCACUUGCUGUUCACAUUUUUCACAUUGAACUGGAUUAAAAUCUUAAUUCAAA